GAGGCGGGAGGCCGCGAUGUGCUCCGCGCUGCCCACGCCGGGCGCCUCGGUGAAGCUGCGCGUGGCCUACGUGGAGGUGCGCCCGGGGUCGCCGGUGGCGCGGCUGUGGGGCGUGCCGGGCGAGUGGCGGGAGCAGUACCGGCGGCUGCGCGAGGACAUCCAGGCGGCGCCGGGCCCGCGCUUGGCGGGCGAGGCGGGCGGCCUGUCGGUGGGCGAGCUGGGCCUGGUGGAGGUGUGCGGGCGCUGGCUGCGCUGCCGCGUGGUGGGCCCCCCGCCGGGCCCCGGCCGCCCCCAGUGCCGCGUCUUCCUGCUCGACGAGGGCCGCACGGUCUGCGCAGGCGCCCGCUACCUGGCCCGCGGCCGCCAGGAGUUCUUCCACCUGCCCUCCGAGGUGCUGGGCUGCAUCCUGGCCGACCUGGUGCCGCUGGGCAGCUUCGGCGCCCAGGCCUCCUCCUCCUCCUCCUCCUCCUCGGGCGAGCCCCGGGUGAGCCAGGGCCUCAGCUUCGCCUGGACCUCCGGGGCCGUCGAGUUCCUGGACUGCCUGCAAGGCAAAGAAGUCUCCGGCCUGGUGCGGGAGGUGCUGAUCCCGCAGCGGCUGGUGGUCCUGGAGCUGCCCUGGCUGCUGGCCCAGAUGCACCACCUGGGCCUGGCCUGCCAGAUCUCCCCAGCCGCAUUCCGGGCUCUGCUGAACGCCUCGCUGGGCGGCGGCGGCGCUGCCCUACCGGAGCAGGCUUCGUUGGCAGCGCCGCCUCCUCCUCCUCCUCCUCCGCAGGUGCCUGUUCCUGCCGUGGCCACUUCUGCCCAAGGCCAGCUCAACACCGGCUCCCUGGAGUACUUCUACCCCAAGUUGGAGUUGAACAUGACUGAGUCGGUGCUGGUGACCCAGAUCUGCGACCCCCACCGGAUCUACUGCCAGCUGCGCAGCCUCUCCAAAGAGAUCUGCCGCCUGUCUGAGGCCAUGAGCCAAGCCUUCAAGGGGGCUGGAGGAGAAGACCUACAAGAUGCCUUGCCCACCUUGGGCUCCCCUUGUGCUGCCCGGGGCAUAGACGGACGCUGGUACCGAGCUCUGCUUCUUGAGAUCUGUCCUGGGGGUGGUCCAGAAGAGCAGCCUGGGGCAGUUGCCCAGGUGAUCUGUGUGGACUAUGGCAGGAAGGAGUUUGUGACCAAGAGGAACCUGCGUCGCUUGCCAAUAGAGUGUUUCCGCAUGCCGGUGGUGACCUACCUCUGCUCGCUACAGGGGAUCACAGAUGGAGGCUGUGGCUGGACCCAUUCACAGAUCAGUGAGCUGAAGACCUUGCUGCUGGGCAAGGCAGUUCAAGCCAACAUUGAAGCUUAUAGUGCCUUUGAGCAUGUGUAUUACGUGACUCUUUUCAGGGAAGAAGGCUUCAACCUCAACUGCCUUUUUGGAGUACAGGCACGCUGCCUGACCCAGAGAUUUGUGCACAGUCAUCAGGGAUCCCCUUCUGACGUAGUGGCUGAACAGGAAGGGAUUGAUGCCCCCGCUAAGAAGGAGCCACUAGGAGCACUGGCCACGCUUACUGCUGCCUCCCUGUCUAGUGUAUGCCUGAAAGUAGGUGAGUGCCACAAAGCCCAAGUGUCAUUCCUCAGAGAUCCCACACAGUUUUCCAUGUGCCUCCAGGAGUAUCAUCAGUCUCUUUGUCACUUGAAACAAAACUUACAAGACUUCUAUUCCCAAAGCAAAAAACUGGAGGGUAUUCUCCUUGAGCCCCAGCCAGGUUCCUUGUGCUGUGCAUUGUUGAAGGAGAACUCUUACCACCGUGCCAUUGUCAACAGUGUGCAGGAGCAAGGCAUUGAAGUAUAUCUGGUUGACAGGGGGAAUGUGGAAAUAGUUGACCUGUAUAAAGUGAAGGAGCUGCUUCCUCAGUUCAGAGAACUUCCUGCCCUGGCACUCAGAUGUGCCUUGGUUAAUCCUUCCUCGGGUCAGCCUUGGAGUUCAGGCUCUGUAGACUAUUUCAAGAAAGCUGUGUUGAACAAGGAACUGGUCGUACAGGUCUUGGGCAAGCAAGGGGACAUUUACAUAGUUGAGCUUUUUGAUCAUUCUCUCUCAGGAGAAAAGAGCUUAGCCAAAAUCAUGUCGCAGGGGAAAUAUGCCAAGCAUGAAGACAAUGCAGUUUUGGAGACCGUCCAGAAACGUUCAGAUAUGCCUCUAAGAAGAGGUACUAAAGAACAGGUGACAAUUCACAAUCCUGUGAGAUUGACCUCUGGAAAAGAUGAUCACCUAGCCCCCUGCUUGAUUUCAGCUUUGUCGGCCAAAUACCAGGCAGCUGGAGAUUUUUGCUCUUUGCCCAGUGAAACAUUUCCAAAAGAAGACUCUAGGGCUGUCCCAAGUGGUUCGCCCCGACUUACACAAGCCUACUCUGAAAUACAGCCAGGAUUAUCUUGUGAAGGGCAGUUAGAAGUUGGAAGUACAGUAGAUGUCAUAGUAUCUUACAUUGAAAGUCCUAGUCUCUUUUGGUGUCAGUUAGCUAAAACCUCCCACGAUCUGAGGUUGCUUAUGGCUGAUAUUCAGCAUUACUGUGCUCAUUCAGCACAGCCCCAUGACUGGCCUAACCCUGUGUGUUUGGCUAAGUAUUCAGAAGAUGGGAAGUGGUACAGAGCUCUUAUUGUUCAUGCUGGCCAUCCUACAGAAAAGGUAGAAGUGAUUUAUGUUGACUAUGGAAAUAAAGAGCAUGUUUCUCUAAAGAACCUCCGUUCAAUUAGCACUGUGUUUCUCAAGCUGAGGGCCCAGGCUUUCCGAUGUAGCCUUUACAAUUUAAUUCAACCAAAUAAUAAUGAUCCUUUUAUUUGGGAUGAAAAGGCUACUGAAUCUUUUCAGGAAUUUGUUGAUUCAGCAAGCAAAAUGGAACUGAAAUGUACUAUAUUUGCUUUGGCAGCAUUAAAUAAUACAUACCUCCUGAACGUUGUAGACUUAAUCACGCCUUUUGAAAGCGCAAGCCAUUUUCUAACAAGGAAAGGUUUAGCCAGACCUGUAGAGCCGGAGAAACCAUUGACAUCAUCGAUUCAGCUGCUUUCUUACUGUUAUUCAGCGCAUGACAUCAAAAUAGGAAGUGAAGAGAUGAUCUAUGUCACGCACAUUAACGAUCCGUGUCUCUUCUACUGCCAGCUUGCCAGAAGGUCACAUCUACUUGAACGCUUAACAAAUAGCAUUAAUAAACUCAGCAAAAUGGGACAUAGUCGGAAAUCGUUGCCGGUCCGUGGAGAAUUGUAUCUUGCAAAGUAUACUGAUGGCUGCUGGUACAGGGCAAUACUGGCUAGUGGAGGUUCUACUGAAGAAGUCUUCUUUGUGGAUUUUGGGAAUACUGAGUCACUGUCAAAAGAAGAUCUGAUUUUAAUACCCAGAGAUGCCUAUGAGAUACUGCUUUUGCCAAUGCAAGCCAUAAAAUGUUCACUAUCUGAUAUUGCUGAUGCACCUAAAGAAACCAUUGCACAGUUUGAAAAGGCCGUGCUAGAUAAGCCCUUAAAAGCUGUAAUUGUAGCAAAAGAGCCUGAUGGAAAACUGGUAGUUGAAUUAUAUGCUGACAAAAUGCAAAUCAAUGCGAAACUGAAGGAAGGCUUAGGUUUGCAAGGCAGCAAAGGAUGGGUCAGAUCAGCAGAAAAUAGGGAAACGGGCAGCGUAGCAAGAAGGCCAGUCUUUACAGGUGUUGACCAUUCUACUCCAAAUAUUAAGAGAUGCAUGUCUAAAAAUCUGGAAUCCUGUGGCGGUAACAGUCCCUCUUUGUGCAGAGAAGCGGAACCCUUUCAGCAGAAAACAAAGCCAGUAGUGAAGAUGACACAGUCUCCUUUUCCAGUAGAAAGAUGUAACCAAACUGACCUUGUGGCAGAUAAGAGUGGACCCUGUUUCCCCCUUGAAAAGAGAGAAGAGAAAGCUGACAGCUUGAAAACCAGACAUCAAAAUGAGACUUGCAUAAAUCCUUCACUUAAGAAAAUGUGUGAUUUACCUCUGAAAAAUAUAAGCCCUGGUUUUAAAACCUUAGUGUAUGUUUCUCAUACAAAUAAUCCUUCUGACUUUUAUGUUCAGCUAGUAGAAGAUGAGCCCUUGAUUGACAGUAUUUCAGAGAAGCAAAACCAGUCUGGAAUAGUUGAGAACCUAAGUGGACAGCAGCUUCAUGUAGGAGAUUUAAUAUGUGCUGUUUUCCCGGAAGACGGCUUGUGGUAUAGAGCUGUUGUCCAAAGGCAAUCGUCAGAUGAGUUGGUCAGCGUACAGUAUAUUGAUUAUGGUAAUACCGCAGUAGUUAAUAUUUGCAAAACGUGUAGACUCCUGGAAGAGUGUGCACUGUUUCCAGCAAUGGCCAUUCCUUGCUCAUUGGGAGGAGUUAAGACCACAGGUCACUCAGAGUGGACAGAGGAAGCAGUGCUGUGCUUCUCUCAGAGCACGGGUGAAAUCGAGAUGAACUGUGAAUUUGUGGAACAACUUGAAGGCAAAUGGGAAAUUAUUCUGUGUGACGGAGAAGGUAAUGUGACAGCAGAUUUAGUUAUUAGUCAUCUUUUGUGCAAAAAAUCUGUUUCAGCAGAGGCAUCUGACAAAAAUGAAACUGAGGUUGUCAUGACAAGUUUGAGUGAAAUUAUUUCUGAAAAGCCUAGCGAACCCUCAGGUGUACAGGAUGCCAAAUCAUUUUUCUGGAAGACACCUGGAGUUGGUCAAACUGUGAAAGCCUUUGCAAGAGCCACAAGAAGCCCAGGACAUUUCUGGUGUCACUUUCCUGAUCUUGAUGACAUCCAUUCCAUUGAAAAGAAGCUCCAGGAUGCUAAGAAACCGGCUGCUUGCAACAUAGCUGAUAUUAAAAUUGGUCACGCUUGUCUAGCAAAAGGUUCUAAGGAUUUUUACCGAGCAGUAGUUAUCAGUGUGGAAGAGAACACCUUGAGAGUUGCUCAUAUUGAUUAUGGAACUGAGGAACUCUCCAGCCGAGAGAUGUUAAGACCGAUUUCUGAUGAGCUAUUAUUGCUACCUCCGCAAGCAUUUCUAUGUUGUCUGUUUGGAUUUAAGUCUUCUGAGGGGUCAUGGGUAGAAGGAACAAAUGAUUUCUUCAAUAAAAUAGUGGAUUCUUUACUAGAUGUUACAGUCAUGGAAAUACUGUGCAGUAAGCCUUUUGAAAUUCCCUUAUUUGUUGUUAAUUUGAAAAGUCAAAGCGGAAGCAUCAAUAUACAAAUGAAACCUUUUUGGAAGCCUAACACUGAACUCAGUGGCUCAACUGUGGCUAACAGCCUCAGUCUCGAACGACAGAACAAAGACACGAAGGAGCAAGACUUUGAAGUUGUAGUCUGUGAAACGGGAAUGUCUGCUUGCACCGAUACCAGGGAAUUAGAGGAUUCGUUAUGUGCUUCAGUGCCUUUUUGGCCAACAGGAAACUGUUCCGCAUCUACCAGAAAUGUGGGCUUUUGUCAAAGUGAAGGAAAUGAAUGUCCAACCAGGCACCACCCAGCCACUUUUGAGGUUCCUGAUAUAGGGGAGCAACCAGCUAUACCUGAAGUGCCUGAAAAUGAACUGGACUGUUCUGUCCCUGAGAGAGAAAGUGAUGGCAAGAUGUUUGUUGUAAGUUGUUCUGAAACUCAGCUUGCAACAAGUAUUGAAACUGAAGCGUCAGGACAGAAUUCCUUCAAAGCCCAAGAGGAGGCCAGAGGCCAAAAGAAAACCACACAACUGGAUCCAUUUGAAGUGGAGUUGCUGUUGAGUGCUGAAAAAGACUCUUCAGACUCAGUGCAAUUAGAAGUGCCUUUCUCCUCUAAUAACGAGCAGCUGCUGCCAGAGCUGGAAGUUCUUCGUUUGAAUUACUUCUCAUGUGAAGAAAUGGGAGAGAGCUCCAAACUGGACUUGGUUGAAGUGCCCUGUGUGGAAAGAGAGUUGGAACAGAGUCCUUUGCUAACAGUUGAAGUGGACCGUUGGCUCCCCUGCGGUCAGGAGAAGCCGCUAGAGCCACUGGUCUCUUCAACACCACUUUUGCUAUCUCCUGAAAUCAAGGAGCUGUCCUUACUGCCUGCUGCACUCUCUCCCACGGUCCCGGAGAGCCAGCCAUCCCUUUCAGGAGGCGCAUUAAAUCCACAAGCCGAAUGUUACAUGGGAGAGGAGAUAGGUCUGUGUGAAAUCGAACAGGCUACCCCAGUGCCAGACAGCGUCAGAGAGAAAGUUGUGUUGGAGGAAAGCUCUGAACAAAUCAAGGCGAGGCUCGUCAUGUGCGGAUGUUUUGAAGAAAGCAACCACGAGUUGGCCAACAAGGAUUCUGCAAGUAGGCUUCUAGCAGGAGAGCAAGCUGAAACUUCACGUCAGAGUGCAGAAAAAAAUGAAACUCCUUACGAGUUGAAAGGAUUUGAUGCUGGAUCCAAAUGCCUGGUGGGGACAGGUAAACAUGAGCAUGAGGCUCAGAUCUUGGGCUCUUCUGCUGAAGAUACAAAGAUGUUGUUUGAUGGAACGGGUACCUCACUUUCGUUGUCAAAAAGUAGUUCAGCAGGUGAAGAUGAGGAGAACAUCUUUACAAUUUCAGGUGUGAAAGAAGAGAUGGGUGGUUCCGACGACUCUGUUGAUCCUUUGAGGUUAAUGGACCAGCAAGAGUGAGGGUGCAUCUGACAGAUGGAGCUGCCUUCAUCACACGCUUCUCCGGAUUUCUGGAUGGAGGACAGCACUGAUGGCACUGCCCUCUUCAACACAAAAGCUCCAGAUGUUUUGAAAGCUUUGUGUUUUCAAUUUAUUGUCAGGAAGAAUAAAACUGUUUUGUUAUUGCUGUUCA